AUGACGCACGUCCGGCGAGGUGGAGAAGGCAAGAUGGCGGCGCCCAUGGAGGUGGCCGUGUGUACGGACUCCACGGCCCAGCUGUGGAGCUGCGUCGUGUGGGAGCUGCACUCGGGCGCCAACCUGCUCACGUACCGCGGCGGCCAGGCCGGGCCUCGCGGCCUUGCGCUGCUCAAUGGCGAGUACCUGCUGGCGGCGCAGCUGGGCAAGAACUACAUUAGCGCCUGGGAGCUGCAGAGAAAGGACCAGCUUCAGCAAAAGAUCAUGUGCCCCGGACCUGUGACCUGUCUGACCACAUCGCCCAGCGGCCUCUACGUCCUGGCAGGGAUCUCAGAGAGUAUAUACCUGUGGGAGGUCUCCACGGGGAACCUUCUGGUUAUCCUGAGCCGCCACUACCAGGAUGUCUCGUGCCUGCAGUUCACGGGGGACAGCAGCCACUUCCUCUCAGGGGGCAAGGACUGCCUGGUGCUGGUGUGGAGCCUCUGCAGUGUGCUGCAGGCAGACCCCUCCAGGACCCCCGCCCCCCGGCACGUCUGGUCUCGCCACACCCUCCCCAUCACAGACCUGCACUGCGGUUUUGGGGGACCCCUGGCCCGGGUGGCCACUGCAUCGCUGGACCAGACAGUGAAGCUGUGGGAAGUCUCAUCAGGUGAGCUGCUGCUGUCCGUGCUCUUCGACGUGGGCAUCAUGGCCGUGACCAUGGACCUGGCCGAGCAUCAUAUGUUCUGUGGUGGCAGCGAUGGCUCCAUCUUCCAGGUCGACCUCUGCACCUGGCCCGGGCAGAGAGAGAAGAGCUUCCAGCCGGAGCAGGAGAGCGGGAAGGUGUUCAGAGGGCACAGGAAUCAGGUGACCUGCCUGUCGGUGUCCACGGAUGGCAGCCUGCUGCUCUCAGGCUCCCACGAUGAAACCGUGCGCCUCUGGGAUGUGCAGAGCCAGCAGUGCCUCAGGACAGUGACCCUCAAAGGCCCUGUGACCAACGCCUCCAUCAUGCUGGCGCCGGUCAGCAUGCUCAGCUCCGACUUCAGGCCCGGCCUGCCCCUGCCCCGCUUCAGCAAGCACCUGCUGGGCGCCGAGCAUGGGGACGAGCUGCACCGCGGGGGCUUCGCGCUGCGCCUGGGCCUCCACCAGCAGGGGUCGGAGCCCAGCUACGUGGAGCGGGCGGAGCAGCUGCACGCGGUGAUGUGCAGCACGAUGGAGAAGAGCGUGCUGGGCGGCCAAGACCAGCUGCGGGUUCGCGUCACCGAGCUGGAGGAUGAGGUGCGCAACCUGCGCAAGAUCAACCGCGACCUGUUCGACUUCUCCACGCGCAUCAUCACGCGUCCCGCCAAGUGAGCGCGCCGCACCCCGCCGCACCCCUCCGCACCGUAGGGGAUUCCAGCUGGGCAUCCCCGCGAGACCAGCAGAGCCCCAGGCCGGAGCCGUCUUCUGCCACGUUCCUGUCUUUGGGGAUUUUCAUCUCCCCCCCCCCCGGGGUCGUGGUUCUCGUUGACCUACUGCCCUGUCGUGACCUCUCCUGUCUGUCGCGCUGGUGCUGUUCUGUUUGUAACAAGAGACCUGAAAUCCUCUCCUCGGCCCCUGUGUGCCCGGGACCCUCGUGGAGGGACCUGCCUCCACGAAUUUUACCGGAGCCGUCACAGCCCGAGUUUUAAAUCUGGUGUGAGAA